AUGCCGUGGACAAUUCUACCAGCACUGUUGAUACGAUGGGGUGUCUGUUGGAUGUUCACUAUCGAUUCUAGCCAGCAUGGAUGGGGCUGUGCUGGUGACUCCAUGAUCUCGCCCGUGCCAGCUGCCCAUGACUUGUACGCCGACUUCUAUAGUAUCGGAAUUGAAGAGGGACUUCAAGGAUCGGUGGUAGAUGACUUCGACAACAGAGGAUAUCUCAGUCAGGAUACCCUGGAAGAGCUUUGGCCUGGAGACGUUCAGUUAAUGAAUGACCUGAUCCACGCAUUGACAUUUGCCCAAAACACCCCUCAGGAUCCAAACUUUCUGAUUCCGGACAUGACGUCCCGUGGAGAUUUGGAACUGGCGGCGCAGGAUACGGCAGAAACUUUACCAGCGGCCGCCAUAAAAGACCCAACUCAUACGGCGUGCAUCAAUACCGACAAUAGCGUAGAGACAGAUGGCACGGGUAGUGCCGACAGCAGCGGCUAUCGUCAGCGAACGAUCAACUCGGAUGAAUGCAUCAAGCUUGGAGGAGUCAUUGCUAUGUCCCAAUACUGGCUGCAAGAGGUCCAAUGGGAAGCCUUUCAAGCGGAGGGCACAUCUAAAAAGACACCUGGAGAGCUGCCAGCAUCAGCAUCAGCAUCAACUCCAGCCUCAGCUAGCAUUCAGCAACGCCAAGACGUCGGACCAGAUGAAGGCAUCAGCGCCAAUGGCGUGAAGAAGAGACCAAGGGCUGAAGAUGACGAAGUGUCAAAUGACGAUUUCCUCCUUGCAGAGAUGGUUAAAAAGUAUAAGAAGAUGGAAAAAGAGAUCAAAGAGAAGCAAGAAGGCUUGGAGGCACUUGGGAAGACUAUCCAAAUGUUGAAAGGCUCUUCGGGGAAUUCGUAG